AUGGUAUUUCUAGCUGAGAAGACAGUGGGUAUACCUACAAAAGAUCUCUUGUCAUGGACAUUUGAUAACGUUCCCUAUGAUCAAGAUGCUGUAAUAUAUAUCGAUGCGGCGGAUCCCUCUCGAUCCAUAUCUGCAAGCCAAGCUCGAAUCAUCAUCCGUCAAUUAGUCACGGGAUUUCAUGCUGCUGGUUUGAAAAAGGGUGACUGCGUGUGCUUACAUUCGUUUAACGAUAUCUAUUAUUCCAUGAUCUUUCUAGGCAUCAUAGCAGCGGGUGGAGUAUUUACGGGCACAAAUCCAUCAUAUACUUCUCACGAAUUAACUCAUCAUAUAAAAACUUCGCGAGCAAAGUUUCUUAUCGCAGAGCCUGAGAUUCUUACGAAUGUUCUAAUCGCUGCCAAAGAAUGUAAAAUCCAUUCUUCAAAUAUUUGGAUCUUUGAUGUCCUCGGACAGACGAUUCCUGAUUCUUUCAAAUCUUUUAGAGAUUUGAUGAAGCAUGGCGAAGAAGACUGGGUAAGAUUCGACAAUGAAGAUACAAGUAGGAAGACAACUGCUGCUAGUGUUCUUGCUUAUGAACAAGCGCCGAGACCGUAUACUAUUCGUCGAAUACUAGCACUACCGAUGUUUCAUGUAGCUUGUGUCCCUGUUGCUCAUACAACCGCCCUGAAGGGUGGUCAUGUCUCUGUCAUAAAUGAAAUAAUGGUAGUCCCACCCAUCGCAAUUGCAAUCAUCAUGUCCGGUAUCGCGGGAGAUAAAUUGAGAUCCAUCAAACACGCGGGAGUCGGGGCAGCGCCUAUGGGGAAAGAAUCCCAAGAGAAAUUGAAACAGUUAUGUGCUCCAGGAGCAACACUUACUCAGGCUUUUGGAAUGACAGAGACAACUUGUAUCUGUGCGCAGUUCUGGUUCUGGGAGGACGACACAACGGGUAGUGUUGGGAGAAUGCUGCCAAAUAUUGAUGCGAAAAUUAUCGACGAUGAUGGCAAUGACAUAACAGCCUAUGAAGUCCGCGGUGAGCUUUGUGUACGCGGUCCGACCAUCAUCGCUGGUUACUUUGAAAACGAAACCGCGAACCGUUUAUCCUUCGACUCUGAUAACUUCUUCAAAACCGGCGACAUCGUAUACUGCGACUCAAAGACCAAAACAUGGUACAUAGUAGACCGCAAAAAGGAGCUAAUAAAAGUAAGAGGCUUCCAAGUUGCACCGCCAGAGAUUGAGUCCGUGCUUCUCUCGCACCCAUUGAUAGUAGAUGCAGCUGUUAUAGGCGUCAAGGGUUCGGAUGCAGAUGGAGAAAUGCCCAGAGCUUAUGUGGUACAGAGACCUGGCGAGGAAAGUAAGGAUCUAGAGGAGAAAGACGUAAAAGAAUGGUGUGGAGAGAGAUUGGCGAGAUAUAAGGAAUUAACCGGGGGCGUUAAUGUCAAAAGGAUUAUGUCAUUGAAAGAAGGAGUUAAAAACCUUGUGCAAGGCACAGCUGAUUGGAACAAGGAUGCGAUCGACAACCUUGGUGACAAUUUUAUAAAGGGGCAUUCUUGGACGGCUGUUUUCGAAGGUCACAGUAGUGCUAGGGAUGAGGAUGCACAGAAGAUGUUAAGUGCAUCCCUGGCUAUGUUUAUAUUUUCACAGAUCAUUCUCAAGCAUGAUGGCACAACCAAGAUAUUGGAGGAAAUGAUACGACUGACUGAAAUGUGA